ACUCCACCCGAAGACUUGAAAGGCAUUUUAGCCGUAGUUAGGCUCCUAAACAAGCAAUGAAGCUUUCGGGGGUGAUAGUGUUGGUUAUGGUGGUAGUGGUCACGGCCAAUUUGGUGCAAGAAAGCAAAGGUAAUUCUUGCGGGGCGACAUUCUUCUCAGCGCUUGUUCAGCUUAUACCGUGCAGGGCUGCAGUUGCUCCUUAUAGUCCCGUACCACCAGGCGAGGCUUGCUGUGCAGCCAUCAAGGCGCUUGGUCAGCCUUGCUUGUGCGUGCUCGUGAAUGGCCCACCAAUCUCCGGUGUUGAUCGGAACAUGGCAAUGCAGCUUCCUGACAAAUGCACUGCAAAUUUUGAGCCAUGCGAACUCAUGUAGAUGACAGAAGUAGAGGAUUUGAAAUAAAUGUGUGGAGGGCUUUGUUGACCAUCUCUUGAAUAGGAUUGCUGGAGCACAGCUGUUUUCUUUCAGUAGUUUUUAUAGCAGAUAUUGUCACUGAUAUUAUAAUGCUUAUUACGCACUAAUCAUAUUUGUUAGUUAAGAAUACAACAAAAUAGAUGA